ACCUGUCGGCCUCGGCGGGCUCUAAGGUGGUGGUGAUCACAGCCAAUGCCUGGAGUGAUGAGCAGUCAUAUUUGAGUGUAGUUCAGACUAAUGUGGACAUGUACGGAGGCAUCAUCCCUCGUCUCGCCCAGCUCAGUCCGAAAGCCGUGCUGCUCAUCGCCUCUCAACCAGUGGACGUUAUGACACAUGUUGCCUGGAGACAGAGUCAUCUUCUGCCCACUCAGGUGAUCGGUGUGGGCUGUAAUCUGGAUUCAGAGAGACUGUCUCACAUCAUCAACAUUUCACUGGUGGCGAAUAGCACAGGCAAGCAGGCCUGGGUCAUCGGAGAACUGUCCGAGAACAAGGGUGAGUCGAUCACAA